GCGUGGAACUGCGCAUGUGCGUGAUAGCAGAAAUAACUAACAAACAAACAUCAAGCAGAGACGGACAGCAAACACAGAUCACGAACUUUCGUAUUAAUAACUAACUAUCUACAUGAGUUAAUCGUGUAAAAUACCUUGCAGUUCCACUCUAAUGAAGGAGCUCCGUCCUGGCUGACUUUGGGAGAUGGGAGUACACAAUGUUACAGACCAGCUUCCACUGGUCCAAGCAGUUUUUAAUCGAAAUGCCGAUGAAAUUCAACUACUAUUGCACAACAAGAAAGAGGACGUCAAUGCACUGGACCAAGAGCGCCGUACAGCACUACAUGCUGCUGCCUGUUUGGGGGAUGUUCAUAUAAUGGACCUCCUCAUCAAUGCAGGUGCAAAUGUAAAUGCUAAGGACCAUGUGUGGUUAACUCCAUUGCACAGAGCUGCUGCCUCCCGGAAUGAAAGGGCAGUGGGGCUACUUCUGCGGCAGGGAGCAGAGGCCAAUGCACGAGACAAGUUCUGGCAGACUCCACUGCAUGUUGCAGCUGCCAAUAGAGCCACGCGCUGUGCAGAGGCCCUGCUCCCCCAGCUGAGCAAUCUGAACAUGGCAGACCGCACUGGCAGAACCGCCUUGCACCACGCUGCUCAGAGCGGAUACAUGGAGAUGGUGAAGUUGCUGCUGAAUAAAGGGGCCAACUUGAGUACCAAUGAUAAGAGAGAGAGACAGCCUAUCCACUGGGCAGCGUACUUAGGGCAUCUGGAGGUGUUGAAGCUGCUAGUGUCUCGGAGUGCAGACAAGGGCUGCAAGGACAAGCAGGGCUACACCCCUCUCCAUGCUGCCGCUGCCAGCGGACACAUUGACAUAGUCAAGUACCUACUGAGGCUCGGGGCUGAGCUGGAUGAGCCCAAUGCCUUUGGGAACACUGCUCUGCAUGUGGCCUGCUACACAGGCCAAGAGGCUGUGGCCAAUGAGCUGGUGAACCAAGGAGCUAACGUCAACCAGCCCAACAGGAGUGGCUAUACCCCACUGCACCUGGCCGCUGUGUCCACCAACGGGGCCCUCUGCCUGGAGCUGCUGGUCAACAAUGGGGCCGACGUCAACCAGCAGAGUAAUGCAGGGAAGAGCCCCCUGCACAUGGCAGCCAUUCAUGGACGCUUCACACGCUCUCAGAUCCUCAUCCAAAAUGGUGGAGAGAUUGACAGUGUGGAUAAAUAUGGCAAUACCCCCCUCCAUGUUGCUGCUAAGUACGGCCAUGAACUACUGAUCAGUACUCUGAUGACCAACGGUGCAGAUACAGCCAGACAAGGGAUUCAUGGGAUGUUCCCGCUGCACCUGGCUGUGCUCUAUGGGUUUUCAGACUGUUGUCGCAAGCUACUCUCCUCAGGUCAGCUGUACAGUAUUGUUUCAUCUAUGAGUAAGGAGCACGUACUAUCAGCCGGGUUUGACAUAAACACUCCAGACAACUUUGGAAGGACCUGUCUACAUGCUGCUGCUUCUGGAGGAAACGUUGAAUGUCUCAACUUGCUCUUAAGCAGUGGUACUGAUUUGAAUCAGAGGGACCAAUCGGGAAGGACUCCGUUGCACUAUGCAGCUGCUAAUGGGAGGUACCAAUGCACUGUGACCCUAGUGAGUGCUGGCGCUGAGGUCAAUGAGCCAGACCGUACAGGCUGCACUCCCCUGCACUACUCUGCUGCCUCCCAGGCCUUCUGCAGAAUGGACCGACAUUUCCCUGGGACUCUUCAGAGCGAGGAGGAUGGAGAUAAGGAGUCCUAUUUUUGCUUGGAGCAUCUGUUGGACAACGGUGCAGACCCAUCCCUGGUCAACUCUAAAGGUUACAGUGCUGUUCAUUAUGCUGCUUCCCACGGCAACAAGCAGAACCUGGAACUGCUCCUGGAAAUGUCCUUUAAUGCCCUAGGAGACAUUGAGAGCAGUAUUCCAGUGAGUCCGUUGCAUUUAGCUGCUGAUAAUGGCCACUGGCAGGCGCUGAGUGUGCUGACAGAGACUGCUGCCUACGUAGAUGUGCAAGAUGCCUCGGGCCGCUCUGUGCUCUACUUGGCUUCCCAGAGAGGUUACGCCCGCUGUGUAGAGGUCCUGCUAGCCCAGGGGGCCUCCUGCCUCCUCAACGAGAACAGACACAUGUGGACCCCUCUACACGUCGCAGCUGCCAACGGCCACACGGAAUGUCUCCACAUGCUGGUGGAAAGCGGGGAGGAGGCAGACCUUACCAACGUCACAGACACACAGGGACAGACCCCUCUGAUGCUGGCCGUGCUAGGUGGCCAUACAGACUGUGUCCACCUGCUGUUGGAGAAGGGGGCCUGGCCUGACGCCAAGGACAAGGGGGGCAGCACAGCCUUGCACAGAGGGGCGGUGGUGGGCCGUGAGGACUGUGUGACAGCCCUGCUGGAUCACGAGGCAUCUGCCCUGUGUCGGGACGGCCAGGGUCGUACCCCCCUGCAUUACGCUGCCUCCCACCGCUACACUGACAUCCUGGCCAGUCUGCUGCGUGCCGCCACGCGCUCCGAUCCUCUGGACUCCCUAUUGGACCACGAAGAGUACACGCCGUCACACUGGGCCGCCUACCAAGGGCAUGAAGGCUGUUUGGAGGUUUUACUUGAACACAAAACAUGUAAUAGCCAGGAGGGAAACCGCUUUACCCCAUUGCACUGUGCUCUAAUGAAUGGCCGUAGUGGAGCUGCAGAGAUGCUGUUGGAAUCUGCUGGUGUACAGAUGGUUAACACCAGGGAUACUAAAGGAAGGACCCCGCUUCAUGCCGCAGCGUGCGCCGAGGACGUGUCGGGGCUGCAGCUGGUCCUACGCCACGGCGCUGAGAUCAACGCCGUGGACCACACCGGACGCUCUGCUCUCAUGGUUGCUGCUGACAACGGACAGAGUGGCACCGUGGCCAUCCUCCUGCAACGGGCCAAGGCUGACCUGACACUGCUGGACGACAAUGGAAACACUGCCCUGCAUCUGGCCUGCAGCAAGGCUCAUGAGAUGUGUGCCCUGCUGAUUCUGGGGGAGAUCCAUAACGCUACCCUCGUCAAUGCAACCAACGCUGCACUGCAAAUGCCCCUGCAUCUAGCAGCACGCAACGGUAUGGCCACCGUGGUCCAGGCACUGCUGAGUCGAGGAGCCACAGUGCUGGCAGUGGAUGAGGAGGGCCACACUCCAGCCCUGGCCUGCGCCCCCAACAAGGACGUGGCUGACUGCCUGGCUCUGAUCCUCUCUACCAUGAAGCCUUUCCCACCUCUGGACCCUUCCUCGUGCUCCUGCUCCUCUUCCUCCUGCCCCUGCACUUCCAUCUCUGUCUCCUCCAUCUCUGUCUCCUCCUCCAUCUCCCCCGGUCUCAACCUACUGAAGCACUGCGGCAUCACCGCAGCCUGCACACCCCUGCCCAACGGAAGCCUUCACCAUCACCACGGCUAAGUCAAAGACCACCAUGGCGCCGCCAUCGGCCUGGACGGGUGCCUUUCUGAGUGAGGUCAUCCUACACCUACAAUCUGACACCACUACAACCACCACCACAGGGUGACUCCCUUGAGUACACCCACCUACACGCCUGUGCGUAUGUGUGCGCGUAUGGUCUUCUCCUGAAGUGCAGUCAAACCUAUAUGCAAAUAGAGCCCACAGCAUCUAUCUCAGCUCUGUAGUAGUUAGUGCUUAACGCAGAGAGACUGAUCUCUCUUUCUGUAAUGUCACUGGAAUACCGCUGUUUGUCCCUAAAUGGUUGCUAAUAACCAACCACAAAAAUCAUCUAAAUAAUCAAUCCCUUUAAAAAAAUGUCCCGCAAAUAGGUACUUGUCAGCACAGAAAAAUGACUGACAGCUUAAAGGACUUUUUAUUCUCCUUUUUGUGUUUGUUUGUAGUCUCUUGUUUAGUCACUUCUCAUUAUCAUUCAGUAUUUAAUAUUAUAUCAGAAACUAGGACUAGUAGUGGUGGCCUUGAAUAGGAAUGCACAGCCUUCCCCAAAGGAGAAUGAUCAAACGGGUUAAAGUAGGGUAGAGGACUUGAUGAAGGAACCAUACAGAAGAAAGUCCUGCCCAAGAGUGCAAUGCUAAAAUAUAUCUAUUCUGACUUUUUUUUUAAAUGAUUAUAAUAUGUACCUUGUGUAGUAGCCUAUAUUUAAACUUUUAGCCUAAAAUAGUUUGUAAAUUUCAUAGAGCUGCUAAAGUUUGAAAAAUGUAUAUGUAAGCAUGUCUCCUUGCAAAGGAGUACAGUGCUCGGGUUGGGAUUUUAGCAUCAAUUUAUUCUCAAUGCUGAAGUAUUGUCUACAACACAGUUUUGUGUUUACUAAGCUAGAAUGUGGUUCAAAGCAUAUCAGUUAUGACCAAAGGUGAUCAUCACUACUAUGGCAAAACAAACAUAUUUAUUUGAGAUGUACUGUAUAGAGAAAGACGAUAGAUCGAUCUUGAGAUACCUCAAUAAAUAAUUUUGCAGCUGCUGAACGAUUAGACAGGGAGAGUAGUAGCAAUGAGGCCUUGGUUAUUUAGUUUGCCUUUGGGAGCGGGCUCGCCCCAUUGCACCUCAGUGAAGCCUCUUGUAUUGUGAGCACUUUCUCUUGUAUUCUGAGAUUACUGCUCAGUCAUCUUACCAGCCAUUUCAAUUGAUUUCUCUCUUUUUUUUUUAUCAUUCUCUAAAGACUUUGGUACAUUGAAUGGGAUUAUUUCCCCAAAUUUGGCCUUGGUCAAUCUGAAAUUGAAUUUAUACUGAACAAAAAUAUAAAUGCAACAAUUUCAAAGAUUUUACUGAGGUCAUAUAAAUUCAUAUUUUACAGUUCAUAUAAGGAAAUCCGUCAAUUUAAAUCAAUUCAUUAGGCCCCGAUCUGUGGAUUUCAUGACUGGGUGUACAGAUCCAGAGCAUCCCAAACAUGUUCAAUGGGUGACAUGUCUAGUGAGUAUGCAGGUCAUGGAAGAACUGGGACAUUUUGCAGCUUCCAGGAAUUGUGUACAGAUUCUUGAGAUAUGGCACCCCGAUGGGCCUCAGGAUCUCGUCACGCUGUCUCUGUGUAUUCAAAUUGCCAUCGAUAAAAUACAAUCGUGUUCGUUGUUCGUAGCUUAUGCCUGCCAUACCAUAACCCCACCACCACCAUGGGGCACUUUGUUCACAACGUUGACAUCAACGUGUGGUCUCAGACGAUACCGCAGGUAAAGAACCCAAAUGUGGAGGUGCUGGGCUGAGAUGGUUAUACGUGGUCUGUAGUUGUGAGGCCGGUUGGACAUAUUGCCAAAUUCUCUAAAACGAUGUUGGUGGCUUAUGGUAGAGAAGUUAAUAUUAAAUUCUCUGGCAACAGCUCAUGGACAUUCCUGCAGUCAGCAUGCCAAUUGCACAGUCCCUGAAAAAACAUCUGUGGCAUUGUGUUGUGUGACACAACUGCACAUUUUCAUGGCCUUUUAUUGUCCCCAGCACAAGGUGCACAUGUGUAAUGAUCAUGCUGUUUAAUCAGCUUCUUGAUAUACCACACCGGUCAGUUGCACGCAUUAUGUUAAAAAAGAAUAAAUGCUCACUAACAGGGAUGUAAACAAAUUUGUGCCCAAAAAUUGAGGAAUACUUUUUGUGCGAUUGGAACAUUUUGGGGAUCUCAUUUUUCUGCUCAUGAAACAUGGGACCAACCAACACUUUACAUGUUGCGUUUUAAUGUUUUUGUUUGGUGUUCUUCAGAAAUUAAGAGAUGGAGCAAUACCACUGUUCCUCUCAACGCUUGUAUCUUGACUAGUACAAUAGUCAGUCCUGGUAUGAGAUUGAAAUGCUCUUUCGUUUUUGUAUAAUAUAAGCAAUAUUUACUUUCUGGCAUUUGAACGUUAUUGAAAAGACAAUCAUAGUCUCAAGGGCUUUUGUUUCCUUGGUAAUCUUGUUUGAUCACUUUAUUUUAGUUCUGACACUAGGCCUAGCUACAUGGACAUGAUCUGUUCUAGACUAAAGGCUGUAGUCGCUGUGUCAAGGCAUUUUUCUGUGCCAAGAAAACAUUUUAAAUUGAUUGCCACCAUGGCAUCUCAUUUAGAACCAUAUGACAUCUUGGCAGUAUGAAUGCAGGAUGGCAAAAUAAGACGAACCCUAGGAUCUCACCCACUUAAUUAGACCUGUGAAUCUGGUAAGAAGAGGAUUCCUUGGUUGGGCUUGAUUGGUCAUGUCUCCAGAUAGAAGUCAUGACUUACUAGAGAUAAUUGAAAGCCCGGUAGGUUGGCAGGGUUACUGUAGGAAUGAACUGAAAAAACAAAUGUUACACUCAUAUGGGCAGUAGUAGUACUUGUGUUUUUAGUAAAGCCAAAAAGUGUAAUUCCUUUUUGCUACGUGGUAUUCCUUUUGUUACACGUGUAUCUUGUCUGGUGGUACUACAUUGUAGAUUGUAUCAGACCACUGGAGCUCAUUGCUCAACUUAAUUUAAAUAUUUUUACACUACCAUUUCUAUUGCAUCAUCAGUGGACAGCUACAUUUCACAGAUUCCGGACUAAUUUACAUAUUUAUUUAAUGCUUCACCAUAACAUCUCUUGAUGAUGGCUAAAUGACAUGCCUUAGUUCUUUCUGGAUGAUAAAGAUGAGGACCUAAUCUAAUGGACUAACAAGUCAUGUGGUGCCCAACAGUCGGUGUUCUGUGUUGUCUGGGGUAGAGGAGGAACAAAGGGAGUGUUUUAGUCUUUGGUGUCAUGUGUAAACAGUUAAUAGUCUCAGGCUGUGUGGAGCCAGUAAGCAUAUCACAUGGAUUGAUAACAUGCAAGUCAUAUUGACAUUUUGUGAUAUGCUUACAGUUCUAUAGUUAUUCAUUCAGCCCUGAUCCAAGGCACUUAUUGAGGUAGUUAUGCACUUUAACACGUUCAGUGUCUUCAUGUGCAAUUUCACUCUGAAUAGUGCAUAUGUGUUGUAGCUACAUGAGCAAGUCUGCUUUGUGGGAGAGAAGAGGUGCAAAACAGGUCAUGGCAAAGAUUGCAAGGUAUGCAUGUACUGUUGCUUCAUUGACAGAUUUAACUUCAAAACUCUCAGGGUCUAAAAUGGUCAGUCGUCCACACAACAUGGUCCAAAAUCCAGUUAUCACAAUGUGGUUUGUUCGAUGCCAGUCCAGGGUAUGUUACUAGUCCUUCUGGUUAGUCCAGUGAAUUAGUUAGGCUUGUUUUCACCAUGCUUGCAUCCUCCUCCCAUGACUCCACAUUGAGCAACAUCUGUAUGUUGUAUAACAGACACUGAUUACAUCAAUAAUCCAACAGCAGGUGUGUCUGGCUAGCAGGUCAGAAAUAGUUUUCUUCUUGCAAUGCCCUUGUCCAGUAGAUGGCACCAGUUCUCCUGCAUAUAUCCCAUCUGGACCUCUAUCCAUAUAUAUGUGUUCCAUUGCUUGACAGAGAACUCAUUAUAAAGGAGCUUGAGAUCAUUCUUCUGACUUUAAAGAAACAAUUAAAUGGGACAUUUCUCAUUUGUAGCAAUAAAGAGCGUGUGAACAAUGUGUGCAGCACAAAUAUUGCACUGUCUUCUACUGUAUUUAAGCUAAUCCAACAAAGCAUUUUAGUAAUUUAUCAGAUGCUCUUAUCCAGAGCGACUUACAAUUGAGUUAUUGUGCAAAUCUUAGGUCACAGUUAAGGCCUUAUUUGCCAAAGUACAUUGGCUUAAAAAACAAAAAGAUGAAUUCCGAGAACAUGGAAUGUACACACUGACUCCAAAUAUGACCCAUGACUUCACUUGCAAAUGUGAAUAUGGAGUCAAAUUGGAACAAUUAUUUUCUCCUGACCUUUUGAACUACUGCUCUGGCAUUCAUUAAAUUUACCAAGUAGCAGCAUGAAAUAACUGUCAUGUAAGUUUAGUCUUCCUGUUAUGGGUCUUGUCUCUUGAAUGUGAUCGAGCUAUACCUAUAGGUCCCUAUGUGUUUGUCAUGCAUUGACAAUGGAAACAGCAGGUUAGAGGGUUUGAACAUUCAUCUGUGUUAAUACCAUUGAGAUAGCCUUACAAUAUAUUUUGAACAGAAAAUUAGACUACGCUGUAGUUGCUUUAAUUUUUUUGCAUUAAUUGAUAGCCUUUUUUUUAAAGGAAAAUACACCUAGCUACAUCCAUUUAGUGCCAUAGAAACCUUUAUUUGCCUUCAAGCAUAAUAGUCAUAUUUGGUCAGUAACUCAUUUCUUUGUUGUUUGUUGGGACUCAUUUACCCAGAUAGCCAUGGUUAGAAAGUAAAAUAAAAAUGGUAUUAAGCUCUGAUUUGAAACAUUGCUGUCACAGAUACAGGUCCUAAUGUCAGUGGUGACUAAUAGUUUGCAUUACUACUUAGUACUGAUCGUAGGGUGGAAACUAGGAAGAGGAAAGCAAUCAGAACAGACAUGGUAGUCUGGAAAAAAGAAUGGAUGCAAGAUUUGUUAAAGUAUUUAUAAUUGGACAGACUUUGUAACAGGUCGGCAAUGAUCAAAAUGUAUGUUUAUUUCUUUGUGAGAGCUGGUUUUGUAAUUAUUAUAGGAACAGUUUUUAAUGUUGGCAGAUGUGUGGUUAACAGGGAAUAGAUUUACCUCGAUGGAUGCCCCUAUUCUUACUUGAAGUAUCUUUCAUAGAAGGCAAAUGUAAAAUGUUCAUUCACAGCCAAGCCUUAACUUUAAAGCAAAGGAACCAAUAUCUUGCAGUACCUACUAAGUUAUGACACGUGACCCCUCUGGAGUUCCAUUUCUCAGUGGAACUGAUCAAAUCUCUGCUGAUUUUGCUAUUAUGGUGUGCAUCCCAAAUGGUACUGUAUUCUCUACAUAGUGUACAACCUUUGACCAAAGUUGGUCCUUGGUCAAAAGCAGUACACUGUUUUAGAGAAUAGGGUGCCAUUUUGGAUGAGCGCACUCAUAACCUUGGGUGUCUGGAAGCACACAUCCAAUGUUGAUGGCGAACAACUCAAGGUUUCCCUGAGAUUGUUUUGGGAUUUUGCCAUAUUUGCUACAUUGAGUGAAAAACAUUAAUUGGAUUUGACUUAUUACCGGUCUAGUUCAGUUUGACUGUAAUCUCCAAAACCAAAUAACGCUAUUAAUUUAAGUACCAGUUGGAGAGAAGAGAAAGGGCAAAAAUAAAGUCUACCUUGUUAUAAAUGCAAACAGUUGUCAAUUUGAUUCUAAAGAUUUAUGUUCUGGUACGUGAAGGGCAGAAAUGUGUAAUUCAAUGAAGGUCAUGAGGAAAAAUAGUGUGAAAACACAAUCUAUAGUGUGGGGGGGGGAGUACUAUGCAGUAAUUAUUUACCCCCUCAAGUUGGUGAAUGUGGGUUAGUAAAUAUGGGAGGAUUUUUCUAGCUUUCCCCCUGCUUGUGGUCUCAUUUUUUUCCCUUCAUCCUUGCUUGGUAUUUUGUUCUCCAUCAGUUGGACCUGUGUGAUAACCAGCACAGAGGUGGCAUGGUGCCUUUUCAUGUGUUUCUAAAUGAAUGUUGUAGCUACGGCAUGGUCUUCCAUUUAUACCUUCCGGAAGUCUUAUGAAUUCCAUGUAAAAUAAGAGCACAUCUCUCUGAAAACAACACUCAACCUUUGUGAUUUUUGCUAAAAUAAGCAACUGUUGUUUGUUCUUGGCCUAUUCCGUGUGCAUGCUAUGGAUCUCUGCGCAUGAGUCCUGUCAUAUGGUGAAUCCAAGUGUACCAUCAUACCUGAUGUUGAACACCAAUAUUGGAGUUUUUUUUUUUUUUUUGAAAGGACAAAUCCAAACAUGGAACCAUAUUUUUUUGAAGAUACCUCCAAGCAAAGAUGUGUCUCGUAAUGCUGUGGCGGUUAGAGCCAAGAAGAGUUAGAACGAGGGGGUCACAAAGAGAAGGAAAGCAUGGGAUUGGAUAGUCAUUACCAGUAACUGUAGUCUGAGCAUAUCAAUUUAGAUGUAUUUAUACUUAGAUGUGCUAACUGUACAGAAUAGUUCAGGUUGUGAAGUCAUAUUAGGGUACAUAACAGUAAUAAUGAUAAUGUUUUGGUCGUAAUCGUGUGGUGUUUUUGCAUUAUUAAAAGUAGUGGUUCCUCAGUAGCGGUGUGCAGUGUUAAGCAUGUGAUCAUUCUGUUGAAGUGGUCUAAUAUAACAUGCGUCGUAUUCUAGUAGCAUUAGGGCGUGAUGAAUCAUCCUCGCUUUUUAAGCUGACCUCCCUUUUGAAGUGGAUGAAAAAGACGAGUGCAAUAAACUUUAUCAUUUGCUUCCUCAUGUAAAAAAAUUAAGUAACUUUCUGUAGCUGGUUAAUGCAGUGGGAUUGUAAACUCUCCUUGCUGCUUCGCAUCCAGAGAAGUGGCACUAGGAUGUGAAGAACUGCAUUCUUAGAACUGUGAUAUUCAAGUAUCAAAGCUGCUUUCUCAUAAGGGGGACCAUGCACAAGAUAAUUUGACUGAUACAUUAACUGUGUGUAUUGUGUUAGAGGCAUUUUUGGGAUUCAAUCUCAUUGAAUGUGAAUAUUUUGAUUGCAUGUCAAGGUGUGUAUGUAUGCAUCUUCCUCCGUAUCAAAUGAAAUAUUGUCUGGCCGUAAAUUAAGUGUAUUAAAGGAAUUAUGAAAUGCCUUGUUUUCAGAAAACAUUAAGGGAGACCUCCCAUUCAUUCCCCCUCACUAAUCUUAAAAUAUGUGUUUCGUUAAGCUUUCUGCAGCUGUUCUGAUCAUGUAUGUUUUAUUAGUAUCAAUAAUGGAGGUGUUGAAAUGGUGACCCAUGGGUUACAUUAACAAAACUAUGUAAGAAUUAUUACACAUUACAAGCAACUACUUAAAAGAAACACAGUUGCACAUGUAUGUUUUUGUUACUUUGGGCAAGUAACCAAGCCUGUCUAAAUCAGACAUAUAGAUGACAAUGGAAAUGAAAGGUGUAGCAUGAGAACAGCCUAGUGCUUAGGGUAUAAUGUGUUGACAUUGUUGGAAGCCCUGUGAUAUUAGUUGUAGAAUAACAUUCCCCUUGAAACGACCUUUUUAACCAGCAGGGGAAGGAAAUGUUCUUACAUUGUUUGGCAGUAAUUUGCUGUAAAAGCACAUAGACGUACUCUUAGAAUAAGCACAGGAUCAAUGCCAAUUGCCCAUUUAUUAGCUUAGUGUAGCCUCCUAUUGGGAAUUGCCUUUAGAUGCGCGGUCACCCACAAUGAAGUCUGGGGCCAGAUAUUAUCAUUGGACUCCGUAAGGGACCACAAUGGUAAUUCACAUAGUCUCUUUGAUACCAUCCGUUGGAGGUACACGAUGGUAAUGUGCUCUGAGCAAUACAGAAUAAUGGAUACAUUCAUUGGCAUAUCCUGUGACUUGUUGGUCCCUUUGCUGAUUCCUUAGUUUAUUCUGCAGCACCUUAACUGAAUGAACUGAUGAAGACCGACUACGGGUUAGUUGUCCGUUUCACUCCGUGGCUUAUGUAUUGUAAAUACUAUGGACCCCAUACCAGGAAAGGAGGAGGAGUCUAAAUCAGGGCACAUCAAUAGUUACAAUGAAAAGGUUUUUCAAUGUACCUUAAAAAAAAUUGGUUUGUCAGCUAAACAUUCCAAAAGUUUUGCAAGCUUUGCUGUUGGGUAACAGAACAGUCUAAACUGCUUUGCUGUUGAAUAGUAGCAACUGACAUCUGGCAUAGGCCUAGUCUACAUGCUGUGUGUUUGUCAGAGAAAGGAAAGAUUCCCUAUUUAACUCUUACCUCAUUUACAAACCUGCAAAUACUAUUCUACUGUGAGUAGAAAAUGCCAUCACCAGCAUGUGCUCUAGACCUGUGAUGACAAUGGCAACAGGACCAAUGAUGUAGCGCGAUUUCAACAUUUGAGUUAACAUGAAUAGUCAACGCCUCUCACUUUCUUAAUUCUGUAAGGCUGAUGCAUAUAAUGGUAUUAUCCAUGUAAAUACACUUGUCUUUUUCAAUAGUAGCAUUUUUCCUACCUCCCCUCCCAUACAUUGCAGCUAGAGUUAAUCUGCACCUGUUUUGACAAACAGAUAUCUACACAAUAGCCUAUGGGAACUGAGAAUUUUACCAUCAACAAUAAUUCAACUUGAUGAAGUGUGCUUGAUUGUAUGUAUAAUUGUGUGUGUUCAUGAGAUUUAUGAUACGCAUUUCUACAACAAAAUACCACUGGGAUGUGAAGCCAGACUGAUGAUGUCUUUUUAAAACCUAAUUUCUCCAUUCUUCUGCUUUCAUGUUAUGCUCUAGUCUCUUAACGUUUACAGCUUCCUGGAAUGUGAAUUUUGGUUGGGUUAGUUAUUGCAUAUCAUAUUUUUAAGUGGAGACCGGUUAUAUGCAUUAUUAUAUUCUGUACGAGGUUGAAUUUUGUUCCCCUCAAGCCGUAUGCCUUCAGAAACACUAAUCCACUCAACUUGCUAGGUGUUUGCCUUCCCACUGUCAUUGUGCAUCAGCUUUAAAGCUUAGAAUCCUUAAUUGAAACAAGCGGAUACCCCACCUCUGUUUUGGUAAAAAGCUGACGGCUGGGCCUGGAGAAAUGGAACCACUCAAAUUCAUGGACUGACCACCCAUGAUAUAAAAUAUAGUUAACCAUGUUGAGGCUAUACAGUGUUUGUUUACCAACAUUGUAAAACAAAUAAAACAUGUAUAUUUGGGGUUUUAAUGGGGUAUGAUCGUUGAACUUAUUUGACUCAAACUAUUCUUCAAUAAUAAAUGGCCAUAACAUUAAUUUAAGUCCAAGAAUGAAUGUAGGAACUAAAGAUUCUAGCUUUAAUUCCAUGGCAAUAGAGGACAGGGUGAGAAGUCUGGUUUCUGACCAGACACACUCUCACCCUGCCCCUCAUUCCCACACAAGGAGAGGAACACCCCCUCACUCCCCAUCCACUGUCCCUCCAAAACCUCAAGCCAUUUCUUUAGUUGACAACAAUGCAAUUGAUCCCAAAAGCACUUUGCCUUGUUUUUCCAUUGUGUGAACUAUGUAAAUUGUAAUAUGUUACGGAUGUGUGUAAGAUCAUUCAUUCACAAUUUCGGACUAAUCUGCAUCAAUCUUGACGUUAAAAUAAUAAAAUGAUUUAAACAUUGAACCUAAAUCUAUUUUAUACAAUGUUUGCUGCAGCCAAUUGGUCUUGUCAUUCAGUAUUGUGGCUUAGGGUUGGUUGUGUUUUAAAUAAAGUGCUAUUGAUAAAUA